AUGUACUGUUUCAGUCCUGAGCAUUCACCCUUGACUGAACUAGUUCAAAGGACAUCCAAUUGGACUCUAGAUGAGAAGAUAAAAUCAGUGAGAAGAGGGUUAGAGAUUUUCAGAGUGGAAGAAAGGAUGGAAAGGAGAGAUUUCCCGUUUUGGGAACUAACUUUGCUGGAUUUGGUAUGGAUGGAAAGCUCCAACACAAACCUUUUUGCUUCUGUCAUAAACUAUGAAGAAGGCCGUCCGUCUCUAACCUUAUGCUCUUUUGCAGGCCCUUUCUCUAUCCUCUCCGUUAAGAAGGUACCUUAUGCUCUUUUGCAAGCCCUUUCUCUAUCCUCUCCGUUAAGAAGCUUCUCAGAACUGAAGUCAUAUUCACAGGCAUUAUUUCUGGCAGUACUUUCAUUUCAUUCCUCCGCUACCUUCGAAAACGCCAUUACUUGUCCAUCCAUCCAUCUGUCCAGAAUGGAUUUCUUAGGUCCAGUCGUGCAGAUCAUUCUCUUCUUCUGGGCUCCUGUUUCUCAGCAGAUCGGUUAUCUCAAACACCUUAAUAACAAUGUAGAGACAUUGAAGAAGGAAACGGAAGAACUACAAGACAAGCGUCACCAAAUUCAAGCGGACGUCGAUGAUGCUAUAUCAGUUGCUAUAUCAGUCGGAAAGACACGGGUUCUCCAAGUGGAUAAUUGGCUGCUGGACGUUACCAUUAUGGAAGCUCAAGUCGAUUCUUUAAGAUCGGAAUUCGAACAACCUAGAACGUGCUUGAAUGGUUGUUGCACCAAUCACUUCUCUUGCUACAAGCUGGGCAAAAGGGUCGUUAAAAAGCUCAAAGAUGUAAAAAACCUCAAAGCUAAAGGGGUCUUCGAUAAGGUGGGUGAGAGCCCUCGCCGGCCAAGGGUGUUGGAAAUGAAAACCUCGCUACCACGAGUACAGAAAAGCACAGCUGAUGAAACCAUGGAGGAGAUAUGGCAAUGCUUACACGACGAGGAGAAUGGCCUUGUUGGUGUUUAUGGGAUGGGUGGAAUAGGGAAAACCACUCUCAUGAAAGCCAUAAAGAAUAGGUUCAUCGGAACCAAUGACUUCAACGCUGUGAUUUGGGUAAUUGUUUCCAAGGACCUCAACUUGGGAUUAAUCCAAGAGCAGAUUGGAAACGCGUUGGAUAUGAAAUUCCACAGAAACGAAGAGAAUAGAAACAGGCUGUUUUCUCGGUUGAAGAAUGUGAGGUAUUUGCUCAUUUUAGAUGAUCUAUGGAAAGCAUUUAGCUUGGAUCGAGUCGGAAUUCCAAAGCCAGACAAGCAAAACAGAUGCAAGAUUGCCAUGACCACCCGAUCCAUUGAAGUAUAUAUUCGACCGGUAGUAGAGAAGGUUGUGGAAGAGUGCAGCGGAUUACCACUUGCCAUCAAGACAGUGGGACGGGCUAUGUACGGCAAGGAUAAGAAAGAGGUAUGGGAGAAUGCAUUGAGGGCAUUGAAAAGAUCAUCACCUGAGGUUUCGGAUUAUGAUAUAGAAAUAGAUAAGCUAGUAAGAUAUUGGGCCAUGGAGGAAGGAUUUAUAGAAAAUGUGAAUAACUUGGAAGAAGCAUCAAACAAGGGACACGACAUCCUUGAAAGAAUCAAGGACGCAUGCCUCUUGGAGGAAGGGUCUCACAGAAAUAAAUGCGUUAGGAUGCAUGAUUUGCUCCGUGACUUGGCUAUAUGGAUCGCUUCACCCUCGUCGUCCAUUGAAGGCUCAAAAUUCCUUGUGAAAGCUGGGGAGGGACUAAUGCAGCCACCAGAAGAAAAAAUGUGGAGAGGGGUUCUAAGGAUUUCAUUGAUGCGCAACAAGACAAAAGAUCUCGAAAUUACGCCUGAUUGUCCUAACUUGGUCUCCUUGUUCCUCAAUCAAAACAAUCAAUUAUGUACCAUUCACAGUAAUUUUUUCGAGCUCAUGCCAAAACUACAGAUCCUUGAUCUAAGUGAUACUGGCAUUGAAUCUCUCCCGAUGUCAUCAUUGCAAUUGGUGAAUCUAUGUGGGCUCAUUCUAAGAUUCUGCAGAGCUCUAGGGGAGGUGCCGCCAUUGGGAGAGCUGAAGGAACUCCAAAUUCUUGAUCUCUCAUAUUCAGGCCUCAAAAACUUCCCUCAAGGCAUUGAAAGCUUGGUUAAACUCAGGAGGUUGGAUAUAUCAGAGACUUCAUUCACUGCAAUUCCUGAGCUACUUUCAGUGAGGCUGUGA